AUGUAACAAUCAUAACAAGAACUUUAUUUAAAGAAUUUAGAUAAAUUCUUAUAAGAAUAAACUGAUUUGGUUGUCAAUAUAACAGAAUUGAUCAAAUAAAAAGAUGUAGAUUUACAUGAAUACAAAUAAUAACUUUUAGAAAUUCUCUAAUUAGAUUUUAAAGGAUAAAAGUUAUUAUAUACGGCAUAGGCGAGAAUAUCUAAUGAACUUAAAGAAUUUUAUUCAAAAGGAUUAACUCAUAUUAAAGUUUACUAAUUAAAAGUAGAAGAUAAUAUACUAAACCACAUAUUAAUUAUUAUUAUGAAAGGCAAAAUUGAUACUUUGUAUGAAGGGGGAAACUAUAGUUUUCUCCUAAAAUUCCCUGAAAAUUUUCCAUAUGCUGCUCCUUCAUUUCGAUCCUUAAUUCCCCUUAAGCAUCCCCAUAUAUAUCCAAAUAUGAGAUUAUGCACACCAACAAUCAAUGAAUCAUAUGCUAUUUAAUAGUAUAGUCUCUUAGAAUUGCUAUAAUCAUGGUAUUCAAUUUUACACAGAGAACCAAAUGUCUUAUCAUUAGCAAACAGUCAAGCUUAUGAAGAAUAUAAAGAAGAAUUCAUAAAGUUGUAGGCUGUGUUUAAUUCAGAUGAGAAUCCUAUUUUAAAAUUAUUUAAAAUAUAAUAGCAUGAAGAAGAUGAAUUAGAACUUUUUAUGAGCUUCUGA